UGCAGGUUACAGAUUUCAGGAGCUUGGAGGUGACAUGUGGCUCCUAACAGCUCUGCUCUUUUGGGCUCCAGUUGGCGGCCAAGUGGUCAACAUCACAAAGGCAGUAAUCACUUUACAGCCUCCAUGGGUCAGUGUUUUCCAAGAGGAAAAUGUUACUUUAUGGUGUGAGGGGCUCCAUCUGCCUGGGGACAGUUCCACACAGUGGUUUAUCAACAGCACAGUCGUUCAGACCUCAACUCCCAGAUAUAGCAUCUCUGAGGCCAGUUUCAACGAUAGUGGUGAAUACAGGUGCCAGACAGGUCUCUCAGAGCCAAGUGACCCUGUACAGCUGGAAAUCUCCAGUGAUUGGCUGCUACUCCAGGCCUCUAGUAGAGUCCUCACUGAAGGAGAACCUCUGAACUUAAGAUGUCACUCAUGGAGGAAUAAAUUGGUGUACAAUAUGCUUUUCUAUCGAAAUGGAAAGACCUUUAAGUUUUCUCCUCAAAGUUCUGAACUCACCAUUCUGAAAACCAACCUGAGCCACAGUGGCAUCUACCACUGCUCAGCCAUGGGAAUGCAUCGCUAUACAUCAGCAGGAGUGUCUAUCACUGUGAAAGAGCUAUUUGCAGCUCCGGUGCUGACAGCAUCCUUGUCACUGCCCUUCCUGGAGGGGAACCUGGUCACCCUGAGCUGUGAAACCAAGUUGCUGGUACAGAGGCCUGGCUUGAAGCUUUACUUCUCUUUCUAUAUGGGCAGCAAGAUCCUGGAGGGCAGGAACACAUCCUCAGAGUACCGGAUACCAAGUGCCAGAAGGGAAGAUUCUGGAUUAUAUUGGUGUGAGGCAGUCACAGAAGAUGGAAACGUCUUUAAGCGCAGCCCCAAUUUGGAGCUUCAAGUGGUUGGUCUCCAGUCAUCCGCUUCUGUCUGGUUUCACAUCCUUUUCUAUUUGUCAGUGGGAAUAAUAUUUUUGGUGGCUACUGUUCUCUGUGUAAAAAUACAUCAAAAACUGAAAAGAAAGAAAAGGUGGAAUUUGGAAAUUCCAUUGGUUUCUAAUCAUGGGAAGGAAGAAGCUUUCUGCUUUCAACUUAGAAGAGGUGAAGUGUCUGGAGAAAGAACAGCCACUAUAAGGCAGCCCUCACCAAAGAAAGCCCAGAAGUACAGCGUAGCUAGAGGUUGGCUGCAGACCUGGAUAGCCCUACCUCUUCCUUUCUGUGACAGCACGGGGACACAAACUUCCCAAAGUUGACUGACUAAGCUGUGGGUCCUAUGGUAUGCAACUCUGAAAUA